UUGGUCUUGCCUUGCGACGUACAUAAACAAAAUGUACAAAAAUUAAUAAUUUCCAGUGAUGUGCAUAAAAAAGUCGAAAAACAAACGCAUCGAGGAGCUGCAACACACAGUAUACGAAUAUCUGCGGUGACAGGACAAUGCACCGAAGUGUAACCUUUUCCGAAAUAUUCUCAUCGACAUUUUCUGAUGAUUUAAACAGAUACGGCGAGUCAUCUGAUCAAAACGUCAAAGCUAAGUUCGUCACCAAAAUUGGAAUAGGUUUAGUCGAGUUUAUCCUGUCGUCAAUAUUUCUAUGUUAUGGAAUCAUAUUUUCCGAAUGUGUGAGUCUACAAGUUUGUACAGUUGAAAAUGGAUUAUGGACGACGAUUUUGUACACGGCGGCAUGGUAUGCUGCAGGUCCUUGGUCAAAGCAUAUCUGCGAAUAUUUCGAAAAUAACAAGUACAACGUUUUCAGGUAUACCAUUUGCGCUGCAACGGUAUUUUUAUUCGUGGGUUUUCUGAUACCUGGCCAAAUUAUAUCAUACGGACUGUUCGGAGGAAUCUUCUCUAACUUUAUUUCUGUUCAAUUAAAGUUUAUAGCAACAGAAAGAUAUGAUAUGGAUCUAAAAACUUAUGAGGGAAACGUGCAAGUCGCUAGGGCACUAAAUCUUCUGUUGAUGCCACAUUUCGUAUUGCUCCUUACUAGCUAUUACGAUAUGUACCAAGUGAAACUUAUAUUUGCCGCCUUCCUACUAAACAUCAUCCCUGCGACUCUUAUAAUAAAACCUUAUGAAAUUGAACAGAGGGAUCCCGAAAUAUCACGGUACCAGACAUUACCAGCGUUUUCGAAUCAAAUAAGAGAAAUGAUGGAAUUCACCAACUCAGUACAUACUACUAGUAAUAAUACACCGGAUUUGUCUUCCGAUUCUGACGACGAAGAUAAAGAGGAUGUUAUUAUACUUCCAUCCGGUAGAGAAGACGACGAUCUAACUUAUGAUGACACUAACGAUGUCAACGAGCAACUGCUACAGCCAAUACAGUUAACCCCUUACAACGUGCAAACCUAUUACAGCAAAGUUGGUGUCAGUAUUUUACCAGGAAUCCCGGAAGAAAUGGAAAAUGAAGAAAUGAAUGAUGCCAUAGAUACAAUUAAUUCUAGGAGGAUCAGCAAAAUUAGUAUGCGCCUUGAAGAAAUCAAUCAGCUCUCGAAAAAAGCGUCGGAAGAACAACAACAUAUGCAACGCGUUCCUCAUUUAGAUCCAGAAGCAACACCUGGAGAUAAAAUGUCGGGGGAAAUUUUAAACGUUAAAACUUUGGAGACAAAUGGGGCGCCAGAAGAGCCAGAAAUUAGGAUUAACGGAAACCAACACACUUUUUACGCAAGUGAAGUAAAUGAUACGCCUGAUCCAGAAAUAUUAGAUAUUAACACUUUAGUGUCGAAUAAGCAGCUAGAGGAACCAGACAGAAUUGAAAACAUUGAAUAUAUACACAAUUACGGAGGGACUAAGCCCAGAUUUUUUAAAGAAUUUAGGACUGUAAAAUCAGGUUACUGUUGCGGAUGUUCUCCUUACAGGAAAUUUAUAUGGAAACGAAGAUAUCGCACUGUCAUGGAUUUCUUUAUAGAUAACAUAUUUAAACCUCUUUGGGUUUCACUGAAAGAUUUACAUUUUUAUCCCACAGUUCUAUCAAAGGUAGUGACAGCCAUCUCAGCCACUAUGUGUUUCACACUGACGCCUUACAUAGCUCUGAAAAAGAAUAGCAGUUUCCAACCUGAAGAUGCCACAAUCUUAUUGUCUUAUGUGGCAUUCUCUUGGUGUUUGUUUCUAGUGUUGCUGCCACUGGUUAUAAACUUUUCAAAAGCAAAAUUUCGAGCAACGUUCAUAUGCGGUCUAGUUCUAGCCGGAACUUGUAUGAUAUUGAUUUCGAAAAAAAUGACCAACGAUAUAAUGACGAUAAGUUGCUUGCUGUAUGGAUUUGGAUAUGGCAUAAUAAGUUACACGGAGAAUAUGGUCUACAGAUCAUUUGUAGGAGUCAGAAAGUGGGACCAGAUUCAAGGAACACUAGAAACUACUACCGCAAUUAUUGUGAUAUUAACUUAUUAUAUAAUUUAUCGCUAUAGCUUAAAUUUAAAUUUUUUACUUUUAGUUGCUCUUAUUGUACAUUAUUUAAUCGCUAUUUUGUGGACGAUAGCCCCGAUUUUAAAGGAUAUCAUAAUUUUCUGUAGUAAGUAUUACUGCAGAAAAGAAGACCAGCAAAUUGUUAUAUAGGUUGAUUAAGAAUGAAAUUACUUUAGUAUUAAAGAAAUUACUAUCAGUUGAUAAAAUUAUAGGUAUGCUACGUACUUGUAUGUGAGCAGAAAAUAUUGAUAUUUCAAGAACUUGAAAAGUUGCUGUUGUAUAUAUUGGCGUUUUUAUUCUUUUUUACAUGUGACUGUUAUUUUAGGUAAUAAAGUGUUUAUUACUAGUCAAAACUUAUUUAUCAACAAAAUGAUUGCCCAACAAGGAGGCGAAUAUUAAAACAUUUCUAUACCCAAUUUUAUGUAUUUUUAAUAGAUAUGAAU